AUGACGCUCCGCCUGUUGCUUCUCGCCGUGCUGGCGCUGGCGCUGGCGCCCCUCGCCGUGUUGGCGAUCGAGCGCGAAUACUACUGGAACGACAUCACCAACGUGACGACGUGGGACCUGCCCAAGGUGCCCGUGCCGUUCAGGGACGAGAAGAGCGGAAACAAGUACUACGUCGAUCCAAAGACUGGCGAGACCACUUGGGAUUACCCCGGGCCGUGGAAGACGAUGAAGAGCGAGGAGCACGGGGACCGCGAGUACUAUCACAACAUCGAGACGAAGGAGAGCACCUGGGAGAAGCCGGAGGACCUGGCGUGGCACCGGGUGAAGGUUCAAGACGAUGAACUCUGA